UCGUCAUUGAUGAAAUCACGCACCAUCAAUUACUACAAUGACCACAAUCCAUAGCACGGUUUCAUGACCGUCACACGGGAGAGGAGCGCCACUAGCUAACUCUAUACCACAGUUAGCUAAAUGGUUUAACGUGUGUAUUUAGCAUACUAUUUGAAAUUGUCCGUUAUUUUACAAGACGAAUAGCUAGCUACCAACGUGACUGAAUGACAGACUGCUUGCUAGCAGUCAUAUGAUAGCAGGUCGCGAGGUGGCGAUGCAUUCAUGAGUCAAACCAAACGACGAGAAGGGAACUGACUUUAUGAUUUGAAGCACAAUGACCACGUCAUUGCAUUGGUUUCUCAUGAAUUUGUCCUGGAUCAAGGCCACAUUGUGAGGGCAGGAAGACAGAGUUACAAAGGACCAUGAAUCUUCACCAAGUCCUUACUGGGGCUGUCAACCCAGGGGACAAUUGUUUUUCUGUAGGUAGCAUAAACAACCAACCAUUCACGGCAUAUGCCUCUGGCUGUGACGUUGUGAUUUUGGGCAGUGACUUUGAAAGGCUACAGAUCAUCCCAGGAGCAAAGCAUGGGAACAUCCAGGUGGGCUGUGUGGACAGCUCACUACAGGGAGGCCAGGUUGCAGCUUCCUAUGGAAGUAUUGUCUGUGUCUUUGAGCCAGUUCAGCUCAUGAACCAGAAGGACAGGACAUCAGCAGAACUGAGCUACCAGUGGCAGAAGAGUGGACAGUUUGUUUUGCAGUCCAUAGUGCGUAACCUGGCCUGGGACCCCACAGGCACUCGUCUCUUAACUGGGUCCGCUAGCCUCCAGCUGUGGUCCAAUAUCAGCGAUGGUUUUGAUGAGGAAGGGGAACAGACAGACAUGACCAUUGGUGACCCUCAGUGUCCCUGGAGGUGUAUCUGGCACUGCAAAACCGCCUCCCCAAUUCAGCUCAUGAAGUUCUCUCCAGAUGGAGAAUUCUUUGCUACUGCCGGACAGGACGACUGUCUGGUCAAAGUGUGGUACGGCACCAGCAAAUGGCAGUCUGGCGUGACCAAGCUAUUCACCCCACCGGAGCACAACGCUCAGGGCGAGCUCGACUUCUCUUUUGUCUACCUGGCACACCCACGCUCUGUAACGGGCUUCUCCUGGAGGAAGACCAGCAAGUACAUGCCACGGGGUUCAGUGUGCAAUGUUCUACUGACAUGCUGUAAGGACAGUGUGUGUCGCCUGUGGGCCGAGACCCUGCUUCCCAGUGACAGCUUGCUGUCCGGACACACGCUCAGUCACGUUAAUAAUAACGGACAGAGCAGCGACUCACUGAAAUCGUCAGGCAGCAAGAAGACUCCCUCUCGUAUCAAAACGCAGGACAGGAAUCCCCUGGAGUUGAAUCUGCAGGAGUCGUGGAGAGCCCCCUUGAGAGGUGUGGCCCAGCCCUCACUGACCGGCCGCCUCCCGACCCAGCAGAACAGUCACCACAACCACAAGACCAACAGCGUGCCCCAUGCCAACGCUCUCUGCCACUUCCACAUCGCUGCCAGUAUCAACCCUGCCACAGAUAUCCCCCUGCUGCCCUCUAUCACGUCGCUGUGUGGGGGAGAUGACGAGGAGCCUGGCGGGCCCUUCACCGUGCACUGGCUCAACAACAAGGAGCUGCUUCUCACCCUGGCCAUGGAGGUGUUCCUGCAGCAGCUCAGAGGCAGUGUGGAGCAGAACAACUCGGAACACUCCCAGGAGGAGCCUGACUAUGAGGAGGUAGAGGAGGCUUCUAGGCGAGCGGCAGAGCGAGGACCCGACGUGGCGUCCACCCAGCUGCCUGCUGCAGCGGUGGAGCACCAGGUAGAGGUGCUACUGGAGGACUGGAACAGAGGGGCAGACAUGCUGUUCAGUAUCCACCCCAUGGAUGGCUCUCUGCUGGUGUGGCAUGUGGACUGGCUGGAUGAAUAUCAGCCCGGCAUGUUCCGGCAGGUCCAGGUGUCCUUUGUGUCCCGGAUUCCUGUGGCCUUCCCCACGGGCGACGCCAACUCCCUGAGCCGCAGCGUGGUCAUGUACGCCUGUAACAAGAACGUGGACCUAGCCAUCCAACAUGGCCGCCAGCGGCCUGCCGGCCUACCACAUUCCUCGUCGGUGCUGAUUCCCUACGGCCAGAGCAAGGCGACCUCCUACUCCAGCAGCCUGCGCCUCAGCAUCUUCACCCCCAACGUGCUCAUGAUCUCCACGCACUCCGAUGGCUCCCUCAACCAAUGGGCGGUCAGCUUCGCAGAGGAGUCGGCCUUCUCCACUGUGCUCAGCGUGUCCCACAAGUCACGCUACUGCGGCCAUCGCUUCCACCUCAACGACCUGGCCUGCCACUCCCUGCUGCCCCUGUUGCUCACCACCUCACACCACAAUGCCCUGCGCACCCCCGACGUGGACAGUGUCCCCGCCCCCUCGACCACCCUUUCUCAACCCCUCGGGGGCGGGCCCAGCCGGGUGUCCCUGGGCGCUGUGUCGCAGGACCCCAACGCCAUUUACAGCGAGCUCAUUCUGUGGAGGGUGGAUCCAGUGGGACCGCUGUCCUUCUCUGGAGGGGUGUCUGAGCUGGCCAGGAUCAACUCUCUCCACUCCUCCGCCUUCUCCAAUGUAGCCUGGCUGCCCACACUCAUCCCCAGCAACUGCCUUGGUGUCUACUGCAACUCUCCCAGUGCCUGCUUUGUGGCCAGUGACGGUCACUCGCUGAGGCUUUACCAGGCUGUUAUUGAAGCCAAGAAACUACUCAGUGAGCUCUCCAACCCAGAUAUUUCAAAAUAUGUCGGCAAAGUUUUUAACAUCAUCAGCCAGCAAUCGACUGCUAAACCAGGUUGUAUCAUCGAGCUAGAUGCCAUUACUGACUUCCAGGGGAAGGAGACUCAGCUGCUGCAUGUGUUUGAAGAGGAUCUGAUUCUGGGCAGUGAGCGGAGAGAUGCCACUCAGGAAGCUCCCGCUACAGAGACUACCUCCAGCCAGCCAGGCUUCUCCGCCCGCUUCUUCCUGGUGGUGGUAGAGUUUACCCAGACUGGCAGGUCUUUCCUGCAUAUGUGGCACCUGCAACUGGCAGCUGGCCAAAUCACUAUGGACGAGACCGGCGCUCCGCCUGAAAAGGAGAACGUGACUUUGUCACCAAUGAACAGCUCCUUUAGCUUUGAGACGUUCAGCUCCCCCUCGGCCCAGAAGAACAAGCCUUGCACGUCCAACCUGCAGAGUGCCAGUCGCCUCAUCCUGGCCACUCACAGGUUGUACAGCCAGGAGCUAGCUCUUCCAGACGGCGUUGAGGUGAUCAGUGUCACACCCUCAGCAGGUCAUCUGAGCGCGUCCUCCCUGCAGCCGGCAGGUGGCGCUCCCUAUCUCCUGGCCACUUCCUGUUCAGACGGGAAGGUGAGGUUCUGGAGGUGCAGGGUGUCUGCAGUGGAGCCAGACACCAAGGAGCUGACAUACACCUGGGAGGAAUGGCCUCUAUUGGUGGAGGAGGGGCUGGGCAACAGCAGUGCCGUGACCGUGUCAGGCAGACCAGUCACGGUCAGCUGUUGUCACACCAGCCGCAUUGCAGUGGCCUACCGACACAACCCUAGCCCUCACCUGAGCCCUAACCCUAACCACCUGAGCCCUAACCCUAACCACCUGAGCCCUAACCCUAACCACCUGAGCCCUAACCCUAACCACCUGAGCCCUAACCACCUGAGCCCUAACCCUAACCACCAAAGCCCUAACCCUCAGCAGGGUGUCAGGGAACCACUGGUCCAUGUAGGGUUAUUCCAGUGUGAGUCCACAGGUGGCUCCCACUGGGUGCUAGAGCAGACCCUCGUCCUGGAUGCCUCCACUCCCACUGGUAACAAUAACAUGGAGAGUGGCGCCAAGGGCCUGAAUGUGGAGAAUAAUAACCUGGACAUCUAUCUGCCCAAUGACGCCUGCCUGGGGUCCUCUGGUAAGAGUCUGGUCCACCUGGACUGGGUCUCCAGGGAGGACGGCUCCCACAUUCUUACUGUGGGGAUUGGUUCCAAACUCUACAUGUACGGCCUGCUCUCUGGCAAACCUCCUGAACUGGGCCUGUCUGAGGGCCCCAGGGAGCAGAGCUCUUCCCGCCUGGUCCUCCUGCGCUCCGUGGACCUGGUCUCCUCCGUGGAAGGCUCCUUGCCCAUCCCCGUCUCCCUGUCCUGGGUGAGAGACGGCAUCCUGGUGGUGGGCAUGGACUGUGAGAUGCACGUGUACUCCCAGUGGCAGCCCCCGGCCAAGUCCACGGCCUUGAACACCAUGACCACAGACAUGGGCAGCGUGUCGUCCCUCCUGGCUGCAAUGAAACAGAGCCAUGAGGAGGGCCUGAACCCCUCUCCUCCCAAGAAGAGCUUGACCAGGUCCAUGACCAGCCUGGCCCAGAAGCUGAGUGGGAAGAGGACAGUGUACGACCUGCCUGCGGAGAUGGAGGACUAUGGGCUGUUUGAGGCGGCACACCACCUGUUCCCCACGCUGCCCCAGUACCACCCGGUACAGCUGCUGGAGCUCAUGGACCUGGGGAAGGUCCGGCGGGCCAAGGCCAUCCUCUCCCACCUCGUCAAAUGCAUUGCCGGGGAGAUCGUGGCCCUCAAAGACAACGGCACCAACCAAGACAAGCGUCUCCGCUCGCGCACCAUCAGCGCCGGCGGCAGCACCUCCAGAGACCCCAAGCUCUUCAGCAAGGGUGAGAGCUCGGACUACACAGAGAUUGACUCCAUCCCUCCCCUGCCCCUGUACGCGCUGCUGGCGGCCGACGAGGACUGCUCCCCCAAGCCCAAGGACAAGGUGGCCAGCCUGAGUGGAGACAGUGGCCAUGGGUCCAGUCAGACGGACGCCUACGAUGAGCUCUUCCAGAGCAGCGGGGUGGGUGUGGACGACCUGGAGCAUAUGGACAGCGACCAAGAGGACGGCGGUGCUAAGGUCAUAGACCUGUCUCAAUAUAGCCCCACCUUCUUUGGGCCAGAGCACGCCCAGGUUCUGUCCAGCCACCUGCUCCACUCCAGCCUGCCGGGCCUGACCCGCAUGGAGCAGAUGUCCCUCAUGGCCCUGGCUGACACCAUCGCCACCACAAGCACUGACAUCCGGGAGAGCCAGAGCAGGGGUAAAGGUGGAGAGACUUUGGAUGAGUGCGGUCUGAAGUUCCUGUUGGCUGUGAGGCUCCAUUCGUUCCUGCUGACCACCCUGCCUCCUGCCCAUCGCGCCCAGCUGCUUCGCCAAGGUCUGUCCACCUGUCACUACGCCUGGGCCUUCCACUCCGAGGCCGAGGACGAGCUGCUCCACAUGUUACCUGCCUUGCAGAAAGGAGACCCCACCUGGCCCGAGCUCCGCGCCAUGGGCAUGGGCUGGUGGCUCAGGAGCACCAAUAAACUCCGGAGGUGUAUUGAAAAAGUCGCAAAAGCGUCUUUUCAAAGGCAGAACGAUCCUCUGGACGCCGCCAUCUUCUAUCUCGCUAUGAAAAAGAAAGCAGUGGUCUGGGGACUGUACAGGUCUCAGAAGAAUGCCAAAAUGACAACGUUCUUCAGCAACAACUUCGGUGAGGAAAGGUGGAGGAGGGCUGCCUUGAAGAACGCCUUUUCUCUGCUGGGGAAGCAGCGCUUCCAGCACUCUGCAGCCUUCUUUCUUUUGGCAGGCUCCCUCAAGGACGCUGUGGAGGUUUGCCUGGAGAAGAUGCAGGACCUGCAGCUGGCCCUGGUGAUCUCCCGGCUCUAUGAGUCCGAGUUUGAGACGUCCUCCACCUACAAACGCAUCCUGCAGAGGCACGUGCUGGGCCAAGACCGCCAGCUCCCCGCCCACCAGGACCCCUUCCUGCGCAGCACGGCCUACUGGGUACUGGAGGACUACAGCCGGGCCCUGGAUACUCUGCUGGAGCAGCCUGCUGCCCCACACCUAGCGUCCCCCACUCAGGCUGGCCACACAACUCAACCAGGUAGUACCUCGUCCACGUCCCUCUGUAGCCCGGAGGUCUUCAACUUCUACACCUACCUCCGCACACAUCCCUUACUGCUGCGCCGCCAUUUUGGCUCGUCUGAGAAGACCAGGGUGGGUCUGACAGCGGAGGGUCGCAUGGCAAACUCAAUCAGCCUGGUGGAGAGGAGGCUGUUCUUCACCGCAGCCUACGCUCACCUGCAGGCCGGCUGCCCCAUGCUGGCCCUGGAGGUCCUCUCCAAAAUGCCCAAAGUUGUCAAAAGAUCCAAGCUCCACCAAGACGAUACCACCAACCCCGACCUGAGCGAGACGAAAAAGGAACAGGCGUCAGAUUUGGACUGGUCUCAGCCCGCGUUGAACGGCUUCGAGUCUGUGUCAGACAGCUUGUCCAAUAGCCAAUCGGACUCUGUGCUGAGUUUUGACUGGGGCCAGCCCUCUGUGUCGGUUCAGGAUGAAGCCCUGGAGUUGAAAUGGGACAGCGACAAGGAGGAGGAGGAGGACGACGACGACGAACCACAGGGCUUGGCCAUGAAGAGUGCCGACAACACCAGUAGCGUCUUUCAAGACGCCACCUCUCCAUUGACGGAGACGCUGCUGGACGAGGGUGACGUCCUCAUGCCCUCUGAGGACAUCCUGGCCGCUCAACUCAAAUUCAGCGCCUGCCUGAAGAUCCUGACCACGGAGCUGCGGACCCUGUCCACGGGUUACGAGCUGGACGGGGGGAAGCUACGCUACCAGCUGUGCCAGUGGCUGGAGAGGGAGGUGGUGGCCCUGCAGAGGUGUUGCAGCUACAAGCCCUGCCUGCCGGAGCUGGCCCUGGGAAUGGCAGGGCCAGGUGGAGAGGAGGCGGCCCAGGCCCAGCCUGGUGAGGCCCAGCGCACCCGCAGACACUGGCUCCAGAGCAACCAGCCUCUCCUGCGCAUGUUCCUCAGCUACUGCAGCUUGCACGGCUCCCACGGAGGAGGCCUGGCCUCGGUGCGCAUGGAACUCAUCCUGCUGCUUCAGGAGUCCCAACAGGAUGACGGUGUCCAGUCAGCCGUCGCCCCCUACCUGCACCACGCCUCCAUUCCUCUCCUGCUGGCCUGCACUGCCAGUGCCAAGACAGUGGUGGCCAACCCCAUUGUCCAUCUGACCAACCUCACCCACGACAUCCUGCACACCAUCAACGCACUGGACUCCCCGCCACACCCAGACGUCGUCAACAACGAGAUCUAUGUGAUGCACACACUGGCAGCCUCGCUGUCCGCCUGCAUAUACCAGUGUCUCUGCGACGGCCACAACCACAGCCAUGUGAACCAGUUCACUGGGAUAGUGUACCAGAGUAUCCUCUCCUUCCAGCACCACCCGGUACGCACCGUGAGCAUGGAGGAGACUGUACUACCCAACACCCACCCAGCACAGUGGCCAGGUAUCAGUACCCUGAUCCGCCUGUUGAACUCUGCUGGUGAGGAGAGCCAGCCAGGCCUGGCCGUGUUGCUGUGUGAGAUCCUGACGGCCGUCUUCCUCAGCCUGUUUGUGCACGGCCUGGCCACCCACUCCAGCAACGAGCUGUUCCGCAUCGUGGCCCACCCGCUCAACAGCAAGCUGUGGGUGGCUGUGUUCGGAGGGGGCGCGUACCCCCAUCACAGAGAAGCCCAGUCAGACCAAGUCACCUCCAGGUGUGUGUGUGUGUGUGUGUGUGUUGAGGAGUUCGAUAGGAAGCCCAGGCGCUUCAAGCUGCUGUCGUCGUCGUCGUCACGCAGUGCCUCCAGAGAGGGGCCAGAGAGCCCCAGCCCAACCAGCCCUGUGGUGGAGCAAGAGACCUCCAUCUUCAAAGAGCACUUUGUCCCCCCGGAGCUCAGCAUCUGGGACUACUUUAUCGCAAAGCCUUUUCUCCCUCCGUCAGAGAGCAGGGUGGAGUACGACUCGGAGGAGAGCCAAGGCAGUCAGGACGAGGAUGAUGAUGAAGACGAGUUUGGAGACAUUGACCCCAACUCUCCUAGCCAAGAACAUUCCAAUCCCAACUCCUACAGUUGGUGUCUGAUGCGCCUGGCCAUGGUCCAGCUGGUCCUAGGAAACCUGAAGUCAUUCUACCCCAUGGCAGGACACGACCUACUAGAUCUACCUGUGGGCUCUCCUCUGUGUCACGCGGUGCUGAAGACCCUCCAGCGCUGGGAGCAGGUGUUGCUGAAGAGGCUGGAGAUCUUCGGGGGGCCGCCCUCCAAGUACAUCUCCACGCACCCUCUGGACGAGACGGCUGCCUCAGGCCCUGCCAUCCUCAGACACAAAGCCCUGUUUGAGCCCUCCAACACACCUUUCAGGUCCAGUCACCACUCUGCCCUGCCUGUGAAGAGGCUGUGGCAGUACCUGGUCAAACAGGAAGAGGUGCAGGAAACGUUCAUCCGCAAUAUUUUCACCAAAAAACGAGACCAAAACGAGUCGGUUGAGGACCACAAUGAAAAUGACAAAUGUUCAGGGAUGGAGGAGCCUAGCUGUAACCAGAGCGAGGCAGAUCUGGGCUACCCCGGAGGCAAGGCCCGGAUCAUCCACAAGGACUCGGACAUCAUUACCGCCUUCGCCAUCAACAAGGCUAAUCGGAACUGCUUAGUCAUGGCCUCCACUCAUGACAUCCAGGAACUGGACGUGUCCUCCAUCUUGGCCACUCAGAUUCUGACGUGGAUCGACGACGAUACCGAGGCCGAGGCCAAAGGUGAUGACUUCCUGGUGAUCCAGGCCCGGGAUGACUUCAACACCCUCCACGGCACCACCCCCUACACCCACAGCAGCCUAGGGACGCCCAUCAACAUGCCCUGGCUCGGGGGCCUGCAGACGGGGAGAGGCGCUGCCGUGCUCAUCAAAAGGAACAUCAACAACGUGAGAAGGAUGACCUCCCACCCAACCUUGCCUUACUACUUAACAGGAGCGCAGGACGGAAGUGUCCGGAUGUUUGAGUGGGGCCACUCUCAGCAGAUCAUCUGCUUCCGAAGUCCAGGCAAUUCCAGAGUCACACGGAUACGAUUCAACCACCAAGGAAACAAGUUUGGUAUCGUUGACGCUGACGGAGCCCUACGUCUAUGGCAGACCAAUACGACUGGGAACACCCCUAAACCCUACCUGACAUUGCAGUGCCAUAAUAAGACGGCUCACGACUUUGUGUUUGUGGGCUCAUCCUCCCUCAUAGCCACAGCAGGGCUGUCAACAGACAACAGGAAUGUGUGUCUUUGGGAUACAUUGGUGAAUCCAAUGAACAGUCUAGUGCACGCCUUUAGUUGUCAUGAGUCGGGGGCCACGGUGCUGUCGCUGGCCGCCAGGCAGCAGCUGCUGAUCACAGGUGGCAGGAAGGGCUGGAUCAGUGUGCUGGAGCUCCCCCACAGGCACCAGCGCCAGAGCUUCCAGGCCCACGACUCCCCCGUCAAGGCCCUGGCCGUGGACCCCACCGAGGGCAGCUUCAUCAGCGGCUCUGCCGAGGGCAACAUCAAGGUGUGGAGCCUGUCCACGCAGUGCUUACUGCAUCAGUUCCCCAACGAACACGCUCGUCAGUCCCUGUUCCGGAAUCUGGGCACGGGCGUGAUGCAGAUCGAGGUGGGCCCGGCCAACCACAUCUUUUCCUGUGGCGCCGAUGGUACCAUGAAGAUGAGGAUUCUCCCUGACCGCUUCAGCGUCAACAAUGGCAACCUGAAGAACGACGUCAAGUUCAUAAUUUAGCUAACCGAGCACAGCCUCAGCUUGUGGUUUACGUGACCAAGACUGCCUUUGUUUGCACAAGUUACUGCAAGAUGAGUGUGGAGGGACUGACUGUCUGUCUGCACAAGGAGAGGACACUCAAAAACGGACGCAAGCUUCCUCCUCUCACCAGUGAUCACUUUUCUAAGGCAAUCAUCAUAUUGGAAUCUUACAUGUCAAGAUGAGUCGUGUAGAGAUGAGAUUAUCUGUGCAGUGUAUGAUUUGGGAUGUCAGGUGUUUCUACAGUGCUCUGCAUCCAUUUUAAGACUAAAAUACUGACAUCCCUGCUUGCUUGAGUUGUUAAGGCCAGUUGAUAUAAAGCACAUUAUCGAAUCAUAAGGAAUUCGCUUUGUUUGCUCAUAAAUAAGGUAAAAUGAUAUGCGGUGCAUAGUUUAGAUCCCAGAGAGCAAGCCAAGCCUUAAGUAGAAUAUUCUGUUUAGUAUUGUUGUGGUCUAGAUUCAAACAGUGGUGAUGUGUCCUUAUAAAUAUUUAACUCAUACUGGUACUGCACCCAUUUCCCCUAGGUAUUGUUGAGUGGUAUUUAGUUUUGGUUGGACCUUGUGUGCAAUUGACCAAUCAAGUGAUCUUCAUCUUAUUGAGGUACACUCGUAGCUUUAAUAAGGACCCACUUAUCAGGGGACACCAAUAUAAUUGGUCUGUUCUUCCCCUUGAUUAUUUUAGACAGAAUGCUGUAACUAUCAAGAAGCAUAUAGUAACACCACGUCAGCGCCCUUUUCUUUAGCCAAUAAGAGAAAGAGAGCACUAAUUUGAAUGGGUGUCUUGAGUAUGAAAUUGUUUUAUUCCAACACAGCACUUUCCUCCUCCCAUCCCCAAAUCAACCACAGAUGCAUAGAUAAGUCACUUAAAUUAUGGAGUUAACUAGCUUGUCAGUUAGGAUGCAUUUUGACAAGCAGCCCAAUUAUCUUUUUUCCACUAAUUGGUCUUUUGACCAAUCACAUCUGAUAUUUUCAGAGCUUAUGAUUGGUUAAAAAAAAAUCAGAAUUUGGCUGCCUUAGUGGGGUACUUGUGUGGUUUGACGAAUAAAAAUAGAUUUUUAUUUUUACAAAAUGCAUUGCCUUCAGGAAAUGACCUUAUAAACUUAUAGAUUGAAUCUAGGCCCAUGUAUAUUGUGAUAUCGAUUAUUCCCAAUAACUUCACCCCCUUGACAUACUGUCACAUAGCUGCUGUAGAAAAAUCUAUAUUUGGGGUAUAAGCUGGAGAAAAGCUUUCUUGAUAAAAUAGUUAUUGCAUUCUGUAAAUAGAACAAACUACACCUCACAACUUUACUGUGAUGUUUUAUGAAGACAAUUCUGUGAAAUACCAGUAAUAUUUAUGGAUUGUGUUUUAAACAAUACUGUCUGAUCAUGAUGCAGAAUUGGGUUUGUUUAAUUUCCUCCAGGGGCAGAUGGUUAAUAUCAUAAGAAUCAAAGUACAUUGAUUUAUGGUUAGAGCGUUGGGCCAGUAACCGAAAGGUCGCUGGUUCGAAUCACUGAGGUGAAAAAUCUGUGUGCUCUCGAGCAAGGCACUUAACCCUAAUUUCCUCCCGGGGUGCAGUACAACUAUGGCUGUCCCUGUAAAACACAUUUCACUGCAUACUCAUUGCAAAGUAAUUGAAUAAAAUCUUUAAUCAACGAUGCGUAGGAGAUAUGUUAAUUUCCUGAUACAAAUUGCUUAGUGCAAUAUGCUAUAACGUCUAGGUUUAUAGCCAUCGCAGACAAGGGUUGAGUAUUUAACUAGAACCAUCAUAUACAAUAGGGGUUCCAUGUUUUUCUUCCUUUACACUGUGAAUAUGCUCAGAAAGCUAAUUUUAUGAAUAUGUUAAGUCAGAUUUACAAGUGUAAUAUAAUAAAGCAACUUAAUGUAACGUA